AUGGUGGCGGGGAUGCUGAUGCCGCUGGAGCGGCUCCGCUCCAUCCUGGAGCUGCUGUUUCGCGAGGGUGUUCUGGUCGGGGAGAGGGAUGGGUGUCCCCGACGCACCCACCCGCAGUUGCCCGGCGUGGCCAACGUGGAGGUUCGGCGUGCCAUGGCCUCGCUGCGCUCCCGCGGCCUCGUGCGGCAAACGGCGGCCUGGCGACACCUCUACUGGUACCUGACGGACGCCGGCGUCGCUCACCUGCGCCAGUACCUGCGGCUGCCGCCCGACGUCGUCCCGCGCUCCCUGCAGCGCGUCCCGCGCCCCGCAGCCCCCCGGCCCGAGCUCCGCCGCGCCGCUGGCACCCAGCGGGCACGUCCGGCUGGCGGUGAGCGGCUCUACCGCAGGAUGGACGAGGGCGAGCGGCACGUGGAGCCCAUCGCCGUCAGCGCAGGGCAGGGGGUGUCCCAGCCGCCCCCCCAGCCCAGCCCGGCCACAGAUGAGCGAGAUCGUGUCCAGAAGAAAACCUUCACGAAAUGGGUCAACAAGCACCUUAUCAAGGCGCAGCGCCAUGUCAACGACCUGUACGAGGACCUGCGGGACGGGCACAACCUCAUCUCGCUGCUGGAAGUGCUGUCAGGUGACACCCUGCCCCGGGAGAAGGGCCGGAUGCGCUUCCAUAAGCUGCAGAAUGUCCAGAUUGCCCUCAACUACCUGAAGCAUCGGCAGGUGAAGCUGGUGAACAUCCGGAACGAUGACAUCGCCGACGGCAACCCCAAGCUGACGCUGGGGCUCAUCUGGACCAUCAUCCUCCACUUCCAGAUCUCAGACAUCCAGGUGACGGGGCAGUCGGAGGACAUGACAGCCAAGGAGAAGCUGCUGCUGUGGUCACAGCGGAUGGUUGAGGAUUACCAGGGCCUCCGCUGUGACAACUUCACCACCAGCUGGCGGGAUGGGCGCCUCUUCAAUGCCAUCAUCCACCGGCACAGGCCAAUGCUGAUCGACAUGAGCCGGGUUUACCGCCAGAGCAACCUGGAGAACCUGGACCAGGCCUUCACCGUGGCCGAGCGGGAUCUGGGGGUGACACGGCUGCUGGACCCCGAAGACGUGGACGUGGCGCAGCCAGAUGAGAAGUCCAUCAUCACCUACGUGUCCUCGCUGUACGAUGCCAUGCCGCGCGUGCCCGAGGUGCAGGACGGCGUCAAGGCCAACGAGCUGCAGUUGCGCUGGCAGGAGUACUACGAGGUGGUGACGGGGCUGCUGCAGUGGAGCCGGCAGCACUCGGCGCUCUUCGAGGAGCGUCGUCUCCCUGCCAGCUAUGAGGAGAUUGAGAUCCUGUGGCGCCAGUUCCUCAAGUUCAAGGAGACGGAGCUGCCGGCUCGGGAGGCCGACAAGAACCGCUCCAAAGCCAUCUUCCAGGCACUGGAGGGCGCGGUGCAGUCGGGACAGCUGAAGGUGCCCCCCGGGUACCACCCGCUGGACGUGGAGAAGGAGUGGGGGCGGCUGCACGUCGCUGUGCUGGAGCGGGAGAAGCUGCUGCGGGCAGAGUUCGAGAGGCUGGAGCGGCUGCAGCGCGUGGUCACCAAGCUGCAGAUGGAGUCAGGGCUGUGCGAGGAGCAGCUGAACCAGGCGGAUGCUCUUUUGCAGGCAGACGUGCGGCUGCUGGCGGCCGGGAAGGCUCCGCAGAAGGCGGCAGAGGUGGAGCGGGACCUGGACAAGGCGGAUGCCAUGAUCCGGCUGCUCUUCAAUGAUGUCCAGAGCCUCAAGGACGGGCGGCAUCCCCAGGGCGAGCAGAUGUACCGUCGCGUGUACCGCCUGCACGAGCGCCUGGUGUCCAUCCGCACCGAGUACAACCUCCGCCUCAAGUCGGGGGCGCCGGUGACAGCGGUGACAGCCAUGUCCGUGACGUCGGGACAGCGGCGGCCGGAGCCGGACGAGGCUCCCCUGCGGUACCUGCAGGAGCUGCUGGCCUGGGUGGAGGAGAACCAGCGGCGAGUGGCCACAGCCGAGUGGGGCGCGGACCUGCCCACCGUGGAGACCCACCUGGGUGCCCACCGCGGGCUGCACCGCGCCAUCGAGGAGUUCCGUGCCAAGGUGGAGCGGGCACGGGCUGACGAGACCCAGCUGUCUCCCGGCCCCGUGGGCGCGUACCGUGAGGGCCUGGGCAAGCUGGAGCUGCAGUACGCCAAGCUGCUGAACUCUUCCAAGUCUCGGCUGCGGCACCUGGAGAGCCUGCACGGCUUCGUCAGUGCCGCCACCAAGGAGCUGCUGUGGCUGAGCGAGCGCGAGGAGGAGGAGGUGGCCUUCGAUUGGAGCCACAACAACCCCGCCAUGGCUGCCAAGAAGGAGAGUUACUCGGCUCUGAUGCGGGAGCUGGAGCUGCGGGAGCGGCGGAUCCAGGAGCUGCGGAGCUCGGGGGAGCGGCUGCUGCGGGAGGAGCACCCCGGGGCACAGACCCUGGAGGCGUUCCUGGCUGCGCUGCAGACCCAGUGGACCUGGAUGCUCCAGCUGUGCUGCUGCAUCGAGACCCACCUGAAGGAGAACACCAACUACUUCCAGUUCUUCGCCGAGGUGCGGGAGGCCGAGGAGCUGCUGCGCAAGACGGAGGAGACGAUGCGGCGCAAGUUCGGCUGCGACCGCGGCACCACGGCCACGCGCCUGGAGGACCUCCUGCAGGACCUGGCUGAGCAGAAGGAGCAGCUGGCGGAGAUGGGGGCGCAGCUGGGGGGUCUUUCCCGCCGUGCCAGGACCAUCGUGCAGCUGAAGCCCCGCAGCCCCUCGACCCCUCUGCAGGGCCGUCCCCCCAUCCAGGCUGUCUGCGACUACAAACAAAUGGAGGUGACAGUGCACAAAAACGACACCUGUGCCCUGCUGAACCACGCGCAGCCGCAGCAGUGGCGGGUGCAGAGCGCUGCUGGCACCGAGGCCGUGGUGCCCUCGGUCUGCUUCCUCCUGCCACCCCCCAACAAAGAGGCUCUGGACGCCGUGCACAGGCUGGAGACCACCCACCAGCAGCUGCAGGUGUUAUGGCAGCAGCUGCACCAGGACCUGCGCAGCCUCCGCGCCUGGCAGUACCUGACCCGGGACAUCCAGCAGAUCCAGUCCUGGACGCACGUCACGUUCCGCACGCUGCCGGCCGAGGAGGUGCGCCAGGUGCUGUGCAGCCUGGAGAGCCACUACCAGGAGUUCCUGCGGGACAGCCAGGACUCCCAGAGCUUCCAGCCCGACGACCGGCUGCAGGUGGAGCGCGACUACAAUGCCUGCACCCACAAAUACGAGCUGCUGCUGCGUAGCCAGGAGAAAGGAGAGCAGGAUGAGUCUCUGUGCAAGAGCUACAUCUCGCAGCUGAAGGACAUCCGGCUGCAGCUGGAGAGCUGUGAGAGCCGCACCGUGCAUCGCCUGCGCCUACCUCUCGAGGCUGACGCCCUGCGCGAGUGUGCCCAGCGCCAGGCUGAGCAGCAGCAAACACACCUGGAGCUGGAGGGCAUCCAGAAGAACCUGAACAAAGUCAGCGAGAAGACGGAGCAGGUGCUGGCACAGCCAGAGCAGGCAGGCUCAGCACCUGUGCUGCGCUCCGAGCUGGAGGUGACCCUGCGGAAGAUGGAGCAGGUGUACAGCCUCUCCAGCAUCUACCUGGAGAAGCUGAAGACCAUUGGGCUGGUGAUCCGCAGCACGCAGGGGGCUGAGGAGCUGCUCCGAAAGUACGAGGAGCAGCUGAAGGACGUGCAGGCGGUGCCAGCUGACCUGGCUGAGCUGGAGGCCAGCAAGGCUGAGCUGAAGCGGCUGCGGGCACAGGCCGAGAGCCACCAGCCCUUCUUCAGCACGCUGGAGACCGACCUCGGCAAGGCCAAGGACGUCAACGAGCGCAUGGUGCGCGGGCACAGCGAGCGCGACGUGGACCUGGAGCGGUACCGGGAGCGCGUGCAGCAGCUGCUGGAGCGCUGGCAGGCCGUGCUGGGCCAGGCUGACCUGCGCCAGCGCGAGCUGGACCAGCUGGGCCGCCAGCUGCGCUACUACCGGCAGAGCUGCGACGCGCUGCGCCAGUGGAUCCGCGAUGCCCGGCAGCGCCAGGAGGCCAUCCAGGCUGUGCCCAUCACCGACAGCCAGGCCGUACGCGAGCAGCUGCUGCAGGAGAAGAAACUGCUGGAGGAGUGUGAGCAGCACAAGGAGAAGGUGGAGGAGUGCCAGCGCUAUGCCAAGCAGUACAUCGAUGCCAUCAAGGACUACGAGCUGCAGCUGGUGAGCUUCAAGGCACAGGUGGAGCCGAUGGCAUCACCGGCCAAGAAGCCCAAAGUGCAGUCAGCAUCUGACAGCAUCAUCCAGGAGUACGUGGAUGUGCGGACACAGUUCAGUGAGCUGACCACACUCACCACCCAGUACAUCAAGUUCAUCACCGAGACGCUGCGGCGGCUGGAGGAUGAGGAGAAAGCCGCCGAGAAGCUGAAAGAGGAGGAGAGGAAGCGGCUGGCGGAGGUGGAGGCGCAGCUGGAGAAGCAGCGGCAGCUGGCCGAGGCCCACGCCAAAGCCAAGGCGCAGGCAGAGGCGGAGGCGCGGGAGCUGCAGCUCCGCAUGCAGGAGGAGGUCACCCGGCGGGAGGUGGUGGCCGUGGAUGCCGAGCAGCAGAAGCAGAACAUCCAGCAAGAGCUGAUGCAGCUGCGGCAGAACUCUGACCACCAGAUCAAGGCCAAGGUGAAGCUGAUCGAGGAGGCUGAAUACAACCGCAAGAAAGUGGAGGAGGAGAUCCGCCUCAUCCGCCUGCAGCUGGAGAGCACCGAGAAGCAGCGGGAGGGUGCUGAGACAGAGCUGCAGGAGCUGCGGGCACGUGCCGAAGAGGCUGAGCGGCAGAAGCGGCAGGCGCAGGAGGAGGCUGAGCGUCUGCGCCGGCAGGUGAAGGAGGAGAGCCAGAAGAAGCGGGAGGCAGAGGAGGAGCUGAAGCGCAAGGUGCAGGCCGAGCGCGAAGCGGCACGGGAGAAGCAGAAAGCGGUGGCAGACCUGGAGCAGCUGCGGCUGCAGGCGGAGGAGGCUGAGCGACGCAUGCGGCAGGCAGAGGCUGAGAAGGACAGGCAGAUCCAGGUGGCCCAGGAGGUGGCCCAGCGCAGCGCUGAGGCCGAGCUGCAGAGCAAGAGGCUCUCUUUUGCCGAGAAGACGGCGCAGCUGGAGCUGUCGCUGCAGCAGGAGCACGAUGUGGUGGCCCAGCUGCAGGAAGAGGCAGAGCGACUGAAGAGGCAGCAGCUGGAGGCUGAGCGCUCGCGGGAGGAGGCUGAGAAGGAGCUGGAGCGCUGGCGGCAGAAGGCCAACGAGGCGCUGCGCCUGCGAUUGCAGGCCGAAGAGGUGGCUCACAAGAAAUCGCUGGCACAGGAGGAGGCCGAGAAGCAGAAAGAGGAUGCGGAGCGCGAGGCCCGCAAGCGCGCCAAGGCAGAGGAGGCGGCCCUGCGGCAGAAGGAGCUGGCGGAGGAAGAACUGGAAAAGCAGCGGGAGCUGGCAGAGGGCACAGCCCAGCAGAAGCUGGCGGCCGAGCAGGAACUGAUCCGGCUGAAGGCGGAGAUGGAGAACGGGGAGCAGCAGCGCCUGCUCCUGGAGGAAGAGCUCUCGCGGUUGAAGGGAGAGGUAAAUGAGGCCAUCCAGAGGAGGAAAGAGCUAGAGGAGGAGCUGGCCAAGCUGCGGGCAGAGAUGGAGGUCCUGCUGGAGAGCAAGGCCAAGACAGAGGAGGAGUCACGCUCCAGCAGUGAAAAGUCCAAGCAGCGGCUGGAGGCAGAGGCCAACAAGCUGCGGGAACUGGCUGAAGAGGCCGCUCGCCUGCGCGCCCUCUCCGAGGAGGCCAAACGGCAGCGGCAGCUAGCAGAGGACGAGGCCAGCCGGCAACGGGCCGAGGCCGAGCGCAUCCUGAAGGAGAAGCUGGCUGCCAUCAACGAGGCUUCACGGCUGAAGGCGGAGGCGGAGAUCGCGCUAAAGGAGAAGGAGGCGGAGAACGAGCGGCUGCGGCGGCUGGCGGAGGACGAGGCCUACCAGCGCAAGCUGCUGGAGGAGCAGGCGGCCCAACACAAGCAGGACAUCGAGGAGAAGAUCGCGCUGCUGAAGCGCUCCUCAGAGAGUGAGCUGGAGAGGCAGAAGGGGCUUGUGGAGGACACCCUGCGGCAGCGGCGACAAGUGGAGGAGGAAAUCCGCGCCCUCAAGGCCAGCUUUGAGAGGGCCUCAGCUGGCAAGAGUGAGCUAGAGCGGGAGCUGAACCGCAUCCGUGGGGAGGCAGAGGAGGUGCAGCGCAGCCGGGAGCAGGCGGAGCGGGAGGCUGAGCGGCAGCGGGCGCUGGCACUGGAGGAGGAGGGCCGGCGGCGUGAGGCCGAAGAGAAGGUGCAGGCCAUCCUGGCAGCCGAGGAGGAGGCCGGGCGGCAGCGGCGGCUGGCCCUGGAGGAGGUGGAGCGGCUGCGGGCCAUGGUGGAGGAGGCGCGGCGGCAGAAGGAGCUGGCGGAGAAGGAGUCAGAGCGUCAGAUCCAGCUGGCGCGGGAGGCGGCGCAGAAGCGGAUUGCAGCGGAGGAGAAGGCGCACCUGGCUGCCGUGCAGCAGAAGGAGCAGGAGCUGCUGCAGACACGCCAGCAGGAGCAGAGCCUCCUGGACCGGCUGCGGGAGGAGGCCGAGCGGGCCCGGCGGGCAGCUGAGGAGGCCGAGUUUGCCCGUGGCAAGGCCGAGCAGGAUGCCAGCUUGUCCCGGCAGCGCGUGGAGGAGGCAGAGCGGCUGAAACAGCGGGCAGAGGAGGAGGCGCAGGCCAAGGCACAGGCACAGGCGGACGCAGAGAAGCUGCGGAAGGAGGCCGAGCUGGAGGCCGCCAAACGGGCGCAGGCCGAACAGGCAGCCCUGCGGCAGAAGCAGCUGGCUGAUGCUGAGAUGGAGAAACACAAGAAGUUUGCCGAGCAGACACUGCGGCAGAAGGCACAGGUGGAGCAGGAGCUGACCAAGGUGAAGUUGCAGCUGGAUGAGACAGACCACCAGAAGGGCAUCCUGGAUGAGGAGCUGCAGCGGCUGAAGGAGGAGGUGACAGACGCCGUCCGGCAGAAGGCCCAAGUGGAGGAGGAACUCUUCAAGGUCCGGGUGCAGAUGGAGGAGCUGGCCAAGCUGAAGAGCCGCAUCGAGGAAGAGAACAAGGCGCUGAUCCUGAAGGACAAAGACAACACGCAGAAGUUCCUGGCGGAGGAGGCAGAGAAGAUGAAGCAGGUGGCAGAGGAGGUGGCCCGGCUGAGCGUGGAGGCGCAGGAGGCCGCCCGCAUGCGGCAGCUGGCCGAGGACGACCUGGCACAGCAGCGGGCACUGGCAGAGAAGAUGCUGAAGGAGAAGAUGCAGGCGGUGCAGGAGGCCACACGGCUGCGGGCUGAAGCUGAAAUGCUGCAGAAGCAGAAGGAUUUGGCGCAGGAACACGCCAAGAAGCUGCAGGAGGACAAGGAGCAGAUGCAGCAGCGCCUGGCUGAGGAGACUGAGGGCUUCCAGAAGACACUGGAGGCCGAGCGCCGGCGGCAGCUGGACAUCACAGCUGAGGCCGAGCGCCUCAAGCUGCAAGUGGCCGAGAUGAGCAUGGCCCAGGCCAAGGCUGAGGAGGAAGCCAAGCGGUUCAAGAAGCAGGCAGAGGAGAUCAGUGAGAGGUUGCAUGAGACUGAGCUGGCCACACAGGAGAAGAUGACGAUGGUGCACACCCUGGAGAUCCAGCGGCACCAAAGCGAUGAGGACGCAGAAAAGCUGCGGAAGGCCAUCGCUGACCUGGAGAAGGAGAAGGAGAAGCUGAAGCAGGAGGCGGCGCUGCUGCAGCAGAAGGCAGAGGAGAUGCAGGUGGCCCAGCAGGCUCAGCUCCGUCAGGAGACGCAGCUCCUCCAACAGAGCUUCCUGACGGAGAAAGAUGCCCUGCUACAGAAGGAGAAGUUCAUUGAAGAGGAGAAAUCAAAGCUGGAGAAGCUCUUUAAGGAUGAGGUGAACAAAGCCCAGACCCUGAAGGCAGAGCAGGAGCGGCAGCAGCAGGAGAUGGAGCAGGAGAAGCAGCAGUUGAAAGCUAUGUUAGAUGAAGCCAAGAAGCAUCAGAAGGAAGCUGAGGAAAAUGUCCGGCACAAGCAGGAGGAACUACAGCAGCUGGAGAGGCAGCGGCAGCAGCAGGAGAAACUUCUGGAAGAAGAGAACAAGAAGCUGAGGGAGAGGCUGGAGCAGAUGCAGGAGGAGUACAAGGCUGCCCUGGCCCAGAGACGGGAGAUCAUGAUCCAGACAGAUGACCUGCCUGGGGAGGCGGUUACGACAACGCAGCUGCUGGACAUCAAGUCUGUGCCCAACGGCCGGGAUGCAAUGGACGGCUUAGCCCAGAAUGGGGAGCCGGAGUUUGCCUUUGACGGCAUCCGGCAGAAGGUGUCAGCAGAGAAGCUGGCUGAUGCUGGCAUUCUGAGCAGGGAGAACUUAGACAAGUUGGCGCAGGGUGUUGUGAGUGUGGGCGAGCUCUCUCAGAGAGAGGACGUCAAGAAGUACCUGCAGGGCAAAAGCAGCAUUGCCGGUUUGUUGAUCAAACCCUCCAACCAGAAGAUGAGCAUCUAUGAAGCCAUGAAGAAGAAGCUGCUCAGCCCAGGCACAGCACUGGUGCUCCUGGAGGCACAGGCUGCUUCUGGCUUCAUCAUCGACCCCGUGCAGAAUGCAAGGCUCUCAGUGAACGAGGCGGUGCGGGAGGGAGUGAUCGGGCCGGAGCUGCACAACAAGAUGCUGUCGGCUGAGCGCGCUGUCACCGGCUAUAAGGAUCCGUACACAGGUGACAAGAUCUCCCUGUUCCAGGCCAUGCAGAAGGAUCUCAUUGUCAGGGACCAUGGCAUCCGCCUGCUAGAGGCCCAGAUCGCCACCGGCGGCAUCAUCGAUCCUGUGAACAGCCACCGCCUGCCCGUGGAAGCCGCCUACAAGCGUGGCUACUUUGAUGAGGAAAUGAAUCAGGUCCUGUCUGACCCCACUGAUGACACCAAGGGCUUUUUCGACCCCAACACUCAGGAGAACCUCACCUACCUGCAGCUCAUGGAGCGGUGUGUGACUGACCAGGACACCGGGCUGUGCCUCCUGCCACUCACUGACCAAGCAGCCAAAGCUGGAGAGCUGGUCUACACCGACAAGGAAGCCAAGGAUGUCUUCAAGAAGGCCACAGUUACAGCGCCGUUUGGCAAGUUCCAGGGGAAGACGAUGACCAUCUGGGAGCUCAUCAACUCUGAAUACUUCACUGAGGACCAAAGGCGGGACCUGAUCCAGCAGUACAGGACUGGCAAGAUCACAGUAGAGAAGAUCAUCAAGAUCGUCAUCACAGUUGUGGAGGAAAGUGAGAAAAAGAGCCAGAUGUGCUUUGAGGGCCUGCGGGGCCCUGUGCCUGCUGCUGAACUGCUCGAGAGCAAGAUCAUCAACAAGGACCUCUACAACCAGCUGCACCAGGGCAAGAAGUCCAUAAAGGAUGUGGCAGAGAUGGAGUCUGUACGGCAGUACCUGAAGGGCACGGAUGCCAUCGCCGGUGUCCUGGUGGAGUCUACAGGCCAGAAGCUCACCUUUUACGAGGCCCUGAAGAGAAACCUGCUGAAGCCAGAGGUUGCCCUUUCCCUGCUGGAGGCACAAGCUGCCACUGGCUACAUCAUUGACCCUGUGGGUAACAAGCUCUUCUCUGUGGAUGAGGCAGUGAAGGCUGAGGUGGUGGGGCCAGAGUUCCACGAGAAGCUGCUGUCAGCAGAGAAGGCAGUGACUGGCUACAAGGAUCCCUACACAGGUCAGACGGUUUCCCUCUACCAAGCACUCCAGAAGGGCCUCAUCCCCAGCGACACCGGGCUCCGGCUGCUGGACGUCCAGCUUGCCACUGGUGGCAUCAUUGACCCUGUCAACAGCCACCGGCUCCCACUUGAGGUUGCCUACAAGCGCGGCUACUUCGACCCAGAGAUAAACAAGGCUCUGGCUGAUUUCCGAGACGAUGCCAAGGCUUUCUACUGUCCCAACACCCAGGAACACCUCGCCUAUGCUCAGCUGCAGAAGACUUGCCACCGUGACAAGCAGACUGGUCUGUGCCUGCUGCCUCUGUCCGACAAAGCAAUCCAGUCCCAGCAGGAGGAGGUCUACACUGACAGCCAGGCCAAGGAAUGCUUCGACAAAGCCACCAUAGAGGUCCCGGUGGGCAGCAUGAAGGGCCAGACAAUGACCAUCUGGGAACUGAUCCACUCUGAAUACUUCACUGAGGAGCACAGGCGGGAGCUGCUCCGACAGUACAAGACCGGCAAAGUGACAAUUGAGAAGAUCAUCAAGAUUGUGAUCACCAUCAUUGAGGAGGCAGAGACCAAAAAGCAGGAGAAACUGACAUUCAGUGGUCUGCGGGCACCAGUGCCAGCCAGCGAGCUUCUAGAGUCCUGCAUCAUCAGCAAAAGCCAGUUUGAACAGCUGAAGGAAGGCAAGAAAUCAGUGAAGGACCUCUCUGAGACUGAUGCAGUGAGGAGAUUCCUGCAUGGCAGUGACUGCAUUGCCGGUGUCUAUGUGGAGGCCACUAAGGAGAAGCUGAACAUCUAUGAGGCUAUGAAGAGGAACCUGCUGAGGCCCAGCACUGCCGUGGUCCUCCUGGAAGCCCAGGCAGCCACUGGGUUCUUGAUCGACCCCGUUAAGAACCGUAAGCUGUACGUCAAUGAGGCGGUGAAGGCUGGCAUUGUCGGACCUGAGCUGCACGAGAAGCUGCUGUCAGCUGAGAAGGCUGUCACCGGGUACAAGGAUCCCUACUCAGGAGAUACCAUCUCCCUGUUCCAGGCCAUGAAGAAAGGGCUGAUCGUCAGGGAGCACGGCAUCCGCCUGCUCGAGGCCCAGAUCGCCACCGGCGGCAUCAUCGACCCCGUGCACAGCCACCGCCUGCCCGUGGAGGUGGCCUACAAGCGUGGCUACUUGGAUGAGGAAAUGAACCGGACCCUCUCUGACCCCACUGAUGACACCAAGGGCUUCUUUGACCCCAACACUCAGGAGAACCUCACCUACGUGCAGCUGAAGGAGAGGUGCAUCGAGGAUCCCGAGACGGGCUUGUACCUGCUGCCUCUGCGGGAGCCUGAGAAGCCGAAAGUGGUGGAAACCACUCACAUGUACACAGAAGCAGAGACACGGAAGGUGUUUGAGGAGACACAGGUGGACAUCCCUGUGGGCAGCCGGGCAGGCUCCUCUAUGUCUCUGUGGGAGAUCAUGCACUCAGACCUGCUGCCUGAAGAGCAGCGUAAACAUCUCAUGGAGGAGUUCCAGUCAGGCCGCGUGUCCAAGGAGCGCAUGAUCAUCAUUAUCAUUGAGAUCAUUGAGAAGACUGAGAUCAUCCGGCAGCAGAAUCUCACAUCCUAUGACUACAUCCGGCGCCGCAUCACAGCUGAGGACCUCUACGAGGCCAGGAUUAUCUCACAGGAGAUCUACAACCUGCUGAAACAGGGUUCCAAAACUUUCCGGGAGCUCCUGGAUGUGGAGACUGUCUGGAAGUACCUUUAUGGGUCGGGCUGCGUGGCUGGCAUCUACAUCCCCUCCUCCAAGCAGACACUCAGUGUCUACCAGGCGCUGAAGAAGGGGCUGAUCAACCCCGAAGUGGCCCGCUCCCUCCUGGAGGCCCAGGCAGCCACCGGCUUCAUGAUCGACCCCAUGAAGAAUGAAAUGUUGACCGUUGAUGAGGCAGUCAGGAAGGGCGUGGUGGGGCCAGAGAUCCAUGACCGGCUCCUGUCCGCAGAAAGGGCUGUGACCGGCUACAGAGACCCAUACAGCGAACAGAAGAUUUCCCUCUUCCAGGCCAUGAAGAAGGAUCUCAUUCCCAGCGAAGAGGCUCUCAAGCUCCUGGAUGCCCAGAUUGCCACCGGUGGCGUAAUUGACCCACACUUGGGCUUCCACCUGCCCCUGGAGGUGGCCUACCAGCGGGGAUUCAUCAACAAGGAGACGUAUGACAUGCUGUCGGAGCCCAGUGAGGUGCGCAGCUAUGUGGACCCCUCCACAGAUGAGAAGCUCAGCUACACACAGCUGCUGAAGCGCUGCCGGAAGGACGAGAACUCCAGGCUCCUCCUGCUCCCACUCUGCGACACACGGAAGCUCACCUUCCGGGGGCUGAGGAAGCAGAUCACCGUGGAGGAGCUGGUCCUUUCACAGGUGAUGGAUGAAGCCACAGCCCAGCGCCUCCAGGAGGGCCUCACCUCUAUCGAGGAGGUCUCUAAGGAUCUGAAGAAGUUCCUGGAGGGCACCAGCUGCAUCGCUGGCGUCUUUGUGGACUCCACAAAGGAGCGUCUGUCCAUCUACCAGGCCAUGAAGAAGGGGAUCAUCCGGCCUGGCACUGCCUUUGAGCUCCUGGAGGCGCAGGCGGCCACAGGCUACGUGAUUGAUCCCAUCAAGGGCCUCAAGCUGACGGUGGAGGAAGCUGUGCGUAUGGGCAUCGUGGGCCCCGAGUUCAAGGACAAACUGCUCUCUGCCGAGAGGGCCGUCACUGGCUACCGGGACCCCUACACCGGAAAGCUCAUCUCGCUCUUCCAGGCUAUGAAGAAGGGUCUGAUCCUGAAGGACCAUGGAAUCCGCUUGCUGGAGGCACAGAUUGCCACCGGAGGCAUCAUUGAUCCCGAGGAGAGCCACCGCCUGCCUGUGGAGGUGGCCUACAAGAGGGGCCUCUUUGACGAGGAGAUGAACGAGAUCCUGCUGGACCCCAGUGAUGACACCAAGGGCUUCUUCGACCCCAACACGGAGGAGAACCUCACCUAUCUGCAGCUCAUGGAGCGGUGCAUCACGGACCCAGAGACUGGCCUCUGCCUCUUGCCUCUGAAGGAGAAAAAGCGGGAGAGGAAGACCUCGUCCAAGUCCUCUGUCCGCAAGCGUCGGGUGGUGAUCGUUGACCCAGAGACUGGCAAGGAGAUGUCUGUGUAUGAAGCCUAUCGCAAGGGCCUCAUUGACCACCAGACUUACCUGGAGCUGUCAGAGCAGGAGUGCGAGUGGGAGGAAAUCACCACCUCCUCCUCCGAUGGCGUGGUGAAGUCAAUGAUCAUCGACAGGCGCUCGGGGCGCCAGUAUGACAUCGAUGAUGCCAUUGGCAAGGGGCUGAUUGACCAGUCAGCCCUGGACCAGUACCGCUCGGGCACCCUCUCCAUCACUGAGUUUGCUGACAUGCUCUCCGGCAACAUGGGUGGCUUCCGGUCACGAUCAUCCUCAGUUGGAUCCUCCUCCUCCUACACUGUCAGCCCAGCCCUGUCACGGACCCAGAUCUCCAUGUGGACUGACCCAACCGAAGAGACCGGGCCAGUGGCCGGCAUCCUGGACACAGACACUCUGGAGAAGGUGUCCAUCACGGAGGCAAUGCGCCGCAACCUGGUGGACAACAUCACAGGGCAGCGGCUGCUGGAGGCUCAGGCCUGCACCGGCGGCAUCAUCGACCCCAACACUGGUGACAAAUGCACCGUCGCCGACGCGGUCGCCAAGGGCCUGGUUGACAAGAUCAUGGUGGACCGCAUCAACCUGGCGCAGAAGGCCUUCUAUGGCUUUGAGGACCCGCGGACCAAGACGAAGAUGUCGGCGGCGCAGGCGCUGAAGAAGGGCUGGCUGUACUACGAGGCCGGGCAGCGGUUCCUGGAAGUGCAGUAUUUGACAGGGGGUCUGAUUGAGCCAGACGCCCCAGGCCGUGUCUCCCUGGAUGAGGCGCUGCAGAAGGGCACCAUUGACACACGGACUGCCCAGAAGCUGCGCGAUGUCAACACCUAUUCCAAGUACCUCACCUGCCCCAAGACCAAGCUCAAGAUCUCCUACAAGGACGCCAUGGACCGGAGCAUGAUCGAGGAUGGGACCGGCCUCCGACUGCUGGAGGCCUCCUCCCAGUCCAGCAAGGGCUACUACAGUCCCUAUAACAUCAGCAGUGCCGGCUCCACCUCUGGAUCACGAUCGGGCUCCCGCACCGGCUCCCGUGCAGGCUCCCGGCGCGGCAGCUUCGAUGCCACUGGCUCCGGCUUCUCCAUGACCUUCUCUUCCUCCUCCUACUCCUCCUCGAGUUUCGGGCGCAGAUACGCGGGGGCUGCCACGAGCCUCGGUGGCCCCAGCUGUGCCAUCCUUGUUCCCUCCCUGGACACCGAGCUGGCCCUGGGCUGGAGGAAGCAAGGCACUGCUGGUGGCUUAUCCAGUUUGGGUGGCAUUGGUGCCAGUGCUGGGGCAGGUGGCCACGCUGUGGGUCCCUGGGUGCACUGUGCUGCGGGGGACACCGGGCUCGCUGGAGAGAGCGUGGAGGGGUCGCCAGUGGACAGGGAGGAGACAGAGAGGUAUGGGCACAGCUGGGCACCGCCAGAUGAGCCAUGUUGGGAGCUGCGGGUGCACCUGGGUGUUGGCACCCUGCCGGGGGAGCUGGUGAACCUGACACAGCUCAGGGGCCAGCGCUGGGGUGGGGAGGGCGUGGGUUGUCUGUGCUGGGGCGAGCAGGGUGGAAGUGAGCACAGCCGUGAGCACAGAGCCUGUCUGCAGUCAGAGCAGAGACUGGAGGUGCAGGAGCAGCUGCUUGCCCUGCGGCACUGGCUGGACGCCGUGGAGAAGCGGCUCCUGGCGCUGCCAGAGCCCGGCACGGCCCUGCAGCUCCCCAGCCCAACGGUGCCGCUGGCUGGGAGCCCCACAGCCCUGACGGUACUCGUGGGCAGGAUAGAUAAGUCAGAUGUGUGCCCACGCACUGCCCGUGCCGCCGUGUGCUGCUGUGCCCCCUGCCCGGGCUCGGAGCCGCAGCGGGAGCAGCGCACCGGGGGCUGCCGGGUUCUGUGGGUGCUCUGGGGUGCCCGGGGCACCUUGGGGCUCACACCCGGGCUGGGUGCCGGGUGCCGGCAGUGGAAGGCUCCGGAGCCGUGCGGGGAGGGUGAUGCAGAGCUGCUGCAGGACGCCCCCCCGGGCCACUGGCUGGGGCCCCCCCGCAACCAAAGAGCCCCAGGGAACAGGGCCAAGCCCCUCAGUGACCACAGCAUCCAUUGCCUGAGGGGCCAGAGCCGAGGUGGGGGGUCCAACCCAGAGCUGGAGGGGCUGUGGGGCUGUGACCCCGUGGGGCUGUGCUGUCCCGGGGCUCGGUGUGAGGCAGCUCAGCCUGCUCUGGUGCCGGUGCAGGUGCUGAGGCAGGUGCAGGGGCAGCAGCAGGUGCCGGUGAGAGCUCGGAGCCGGAGCAGGUGUCGGUGCCGGGGCCAGUGCGGGGUGCGGGCUGUCGCCCCCCCCCCCCGGGCGGCGCGGGGCGGGCGGUGGGCCGGCGCCGCCCCUCCCCCGCGGGAUGGCUGCGGGGCCCCGGGGGUUUCCCCGGUAACGGCGGCGAUCGGCUCCCGGAGGGUUAACGGGGGCGGCGGUGUGUCCGGGGUCAGACCAGCCCCGCCGAGCCGCUGCCGGUGCGGGGGUCUCCGCCCGGUGCGCCCCGCGCUCCCCCCCGCGCAGCGGGCGCGGCGCACAAAGGCGGCGGGGCCGGGGCGGCGGCCGGGCCCCCCCGGAACGGUAACGGCGGCGUCGGCGCCCCCGGCCCGGCCCCAUGGACGCCCGAAGUCGCCGAGGGGUGAGUGCGGGGCGGGGGCUCCGCGCGGGUCCGGGGCUGCGGUGUGCGCGGUGCCGGGCGGGGUCCGCGUCCCGCGGUUCUCUGCCCCCCCCCCCGGGGCGGGUGGCGCGGCUCGGGGUCUCACCAGGUCGCCUCUCGGGCGCCCACCCGCCCGUGCAGCCCCGCGGGACCCCGACACGCGGGGAGGGGUGCGGUGUGUGUCCUGUCACGGCUGGGGCAGGGUCCUGUCGCUGGCCUCCCACCCCAGCAGGGGUGCGUGGCCGGGUGUGAGGCCGGGGGUAGCAGCACUGCGGCUGCGGCUUGAGGUGGGGGGGCUGUCUGCCAGGGGAGGGUCCUGCCGGGUCAUGCCGGGGAUUUAUGGCUGCGGCAAGGCUUGCAGGCUGGGGGUGGCCACCUGCCUGUCCCCUGCCCGCCCCCGGUUGGUGCCCCCGUCGCCCCCCACCGCCCUCAGCCCCCCCCCGUCCCCCCGGGCAGAUGCUCCUCUCUCGAGGCUCCUCCUUAAUCCAACGGCACAAGGCGACGCCGGGCGGGAGCAUCUGCCUCUCCCCAGUGCCUGGCGUUGCUGCCGAGACGCGUGGGACAGGCACUCUGGGCACUGCCGGGGGGUCCCCUCCCUCUGCCAGGCCCCGGUGACAGGCGGCCGGGAUUUGAGGUGGGGGCUCCGCGCCCACGCCAUGGGGAACUCGGUGAGUCGGCCCAGCUGCCUGGGCGAGAAGAGCCGGCGGCCAGAGGAGCUCCUGCGGGAGCCCGGGCUGGACGCGGGGCAGCCAUCCGCCGAAAGCGUCACGGAGGCAUGGCCGGGGCUGCCGGAGAAGGCGCCGGUGCCGGUGGAGAACGGCUGGAGCCCGGGGCCCGGUGCCGUCCGCAGCCGGCCGGGCAGCCCGGUGCUGAGGCGCAGCCAGUCCGAGGUGGCGGUGCAGAACGGGGGUGCAGCUGGAGUUCCGGUGAGGGGGCAGGUGGGGGGCGCAGCCUGGACCCCUCCCAGAGCCAGCGCUCCCCGCAGCACCUGGUCCUGGAAACCUGUCACCACGCGGGAGGUGACGGAGGUGACGGAGGUGACGGAGACCAUCGUGACGGAGAUUGUGGAGGUGACAGAGUACCCGGCGGGUGAGAAGGGUGGCGAGCCCGUGGUCACCCGGACGGUCACCGUGCUGACGGAGUGCGUGGGGGAGCUCGCUGCUGCUGGCUGUGCCGGACACAUGGAUGCCACUGAGGUGACCGCCGGGCAGAGACCCUUGCUGAGAGGACACCGUGUGUCCUCACGAGCUGUCCCUCUCCCAGAGGAGGCAACGGACCGGGGCCAGGAGACGCUGGAGAGGCUGCUGGCCUGGGUGGCCGAUAUGGAGGAGCUGGUGAGCAACCAGAAGCCGCCAUCAGCGGAGGCCAAGGUGGUGAAGGCGCAGCUGGAGGAGCAGAAGCUCCUGAAACGCCUGCUGGAGGAACGGAGGCCGCGUGUGGAGCUCGUCCUGCAGGACAGACUGACGGCACAGGGCUCUGGCACGGUGACCCCCGAGGGCAGCGCCGGCCUCUUCAGCCUCGGGGAGAGGUGGGACAAGCUGAUGCAGGAGGCUGAAGCCAGGUACGGCUGCCUGGAGCGCAUCCUGCCCGCAGCCCAGGGCUUCCAGGAGGCCGUAGACACCUUCCAGGAGUGGCUCGGUGCCACAGAGCGGCAGCUGGCCCAGCUCUGGCGCGCUGACGGCUGUGUGGGCCGUGUGCAGGAUGCCCACCAGAAGACCCAGGCCCUCUGUGAGGAGAUCCGUGGGCGGCUGGGAGAGCUGGAUGGCGCCCUGGAGAGCGGGCAGCGGGUCCUGGAGAUGGUGACAGGGGAGGAGGCCCAGCUGACGCAGGAGAAGAUGGAGUCACUGAGGAUGCGGUACCUGAUCGUGGGCCAGAGCAGCGCUGACACUGCACACCGGCUGGGGCAGACCCUGGAGGCCUCAUCUCGCCUGGGCACGGCCCCUGAGGACCUGGCACUGUGGCUGAGCCGCAUGGAGAAGGAACUGGGCGAGCUGGAGAGCCAGCAGGAUGGCCAGGAGCCCUCAGUCACUGCCAGUGACAGGGAGAAGGUGUGGGACGCUGAGCCCCUCCCCAUUCCCAGCACCGCUGUCUGGGGCAGUUCGUUUGAGCAGGUGCUUGAGUCCCAGCUCGCCCGUGUGGCUGGGCUGGGUGAGCGGCUGGAGGAGAUCGGCCGCGUGCAGCUGGAUGCCGAGGCUCUCCGCUCGCAGCUCUCUGAGCAGAAGCUGCUCUCCGCCGAGAUCCUGCACUGCCGGGGCCUGGCUGAGCGCCUGCUGGGAUUCUCGGAGCCGCUGCUGCGCUGCUGCCCUGAGCCCCUGCGGCAGCGCCUCCAGCCAUCGGUGCAGGCGCUGAGGGAGCACACGGAGCAGCUGUCCCUGCGCAGUGGUGCCUGUGCCGUGCAGCUGGAGCACGCCCAGUCCCUGCUCACCCAGUUCUCCGAGGCCCUUGAGGAGCUGCUGCCCUGGCUGGAGGAGACGCAGGCCCUGGGGGUGCAGCUCUCCCCCAACGCCAUCAGCUACGAGGCCUUCAAGGAGCAGCAGGCGCUGCUGCAGAGCCUGCGCGAGGCCAUUGCCGAGCACCGACCACUGGUGGGGAAGCUGCAGCGUGUGUCAGGACAGCUGCUGGAGCUGAGCCCGGAGCAGGGAGCCCCGUUCCAGCGGCGCUGGCAGGAGCUGGAGGAGCAGUACGGCCACAUCCGUGAGCGCGUGCGCCAGGCCGCAGCUCUGCUGGAGGACGCCCUGCCGCGGUACAGCCAGCUGUCGGAACGCAUGGAUCUGCUGCUGGAGUGCCUGGAGCGGCUGCAGAGCCGGCUGCAGAGCCAGCCCCCCGUCCGUGGUGACGCAGCGCACUUGAGGGAACAGAUCCGGGAGAACAGCCUGGCCCUGGCUGAGCUGGAGAAGCUCGGGGUGGCCCUGGAGGGCAUCCGUGCACAGGGCGAGGAGCUGCUGGCCACCAUGCAGGCGGUCAGCUCUGACGCCGCAGCCAGAGGGAUCCAGGAGCGCACGGCACAGCUGCUGUCACAGUGGGACUGCCUGCGUGGCCGCUGCCAGGAGCGGGAACGAUGGCUCCGGGAGCUGCUGGCACUGGCCGAGCGCUUCUGGCAUGGCCUGUCUGAGCUGGCCGUGGCACUCAGUGACACCCAGCAGCUGGUGCUGGGGCUGGAGGAGACCGGUGGCGAGCCCGAGGCCAUCCGCACGCGGCUGCGCACCAUGCAGGCGCUGCGGGAGGACAUCGACGCGCUGCAGGGCGAGCUGGACACGCUGGGCAGCCUGGGCGUGGAGCUAAUGGCCUCCUGCGGUGAUCCCGACAAGCCGGAUGUCACCAAGAGCCUGGACGAUCUCUACUCGUCCUGGCACAGCCUGAGCCGGGUGUGGACGGAGCGGAACGGGCGCCUCGAGGAGCAGCUCCAGGCUGCCCUCAGCUACCAGGACACCAUGCAGAGGCUGCUGGAGUGGCUGGAUGCGGCCGAGCUGCGAAUGGCCGAGGAGUUCCUGCUCGGAGGGGACCUGGACAUGGUGCAGCAGCAGCUGGCGGAGCUCAAGGAGUUCAAGCGGGAGCUGUACCAGUGCAAGGUGGAUGUGGAGAGCCUGCGGCACCAAGGGGGUACGGGGCACGGGGACCCCCCGGGCACGCUCAGCGACUUCCGCCAGCGCUGGGACCACCUCGAGGAGGAGAUCGUCAGCCGACAGCACCAGCUGGAGGCGGCGCUGCUGGGGCUGGGGCAGUUCCAGCACCAGCUCCGGGAGCUGCUGCAGUGGCUGCGCCGAACCGCGGAGCAGCUGCAGGAGCCGGCCCCGCUGCGGCCCGACCUGCAGAGCUGCGAGAUCGAGCUGGCCAAGCACAGGGUGCUGCGGACCGAUGUGAUGUCCCACGCCCGCACGGUGCAGUCGGUGACCGAGGCCGGGCAGGGGCUGCUGCUCUCCAGCCUGGGGGACAGCGUGGAGGGGCUGCAGCGCAGCCUGCAGCAGCUGGGGCAGCACUGGGAGCUGGUGCUCAGCGAGACUGAGAGCCGGCAGCUGGAGCUGGAGAACAACCUCAGCCAGGUGCAGGACAUCACCCUGGAGAUCACCGAGCUGCUGCAGUGGCUGGAGCAGGUGGAGCUGCAGCUCUUCUGCUCCAAGCCGGCCUGGGGCCACCCAGAUGCCACCAAAGAGAAGCUCAACGCACACCUGGAGCUGUGCCGGGAGCUGGAGGCUCGGGCCGUUCCAUACCGGGGUCUGCGGGAGCGGCUGCAGCGCCUGCUGGACUCGUGCUGUGCCGGCCGGCCCUGCAGCACCGAGCACAGCCUGCGCCUGCUGGAGCAGAAAUGGGAGAGCGUCCAGGCCGAGGCCCAGGAGAGGAAGGAGCGCCUGGCCGAGGGGCUGACGGUCAGCACCGAGUUCCACGGCUCGGCACAGGAGCUGCUGCGCUGGGUGGCCCAGGCCGAGGAGAUGCUGGGGUCCCCCGCGCCCCCCAGCUUCGUCCUGGACACCGUCACCGCCCAGAUCCAGGAGCACAAGGCCCUGGUGAAGGAGGCAAAUGCCCACGGGGAGAAGCUGGCCAGCCUGGAGUCCGUGGCUGCGCGCCUCAAGGAUUUCAGUCGGAAGCAGGACGGGGCUGUCAUCCAGAACCUGGUGCUGGCAGCCCGGGAGCGCCUGGGCAAGGUCCUGCAGCGGGCAGCUGAGCGCGGGGCUGUGCUGGAGGAGGCCCGAAAACGCAGCAAGCAGUUCAGCGAGUCCCGGCGGCUGCUUCUGGACUGGAUGGAUGAGGUGGAGCAGACCCUGGAAGUGCCGCAGGACGCGGCCACCGGCCAGGAGGAGAUCAAGUGCCAGCUGGCUGAGCACAAGGCAUUCCAGAAGGUUCUGCGGGCCAAGCGCCCGGUGUACGAGGCCACGCUGCGGAGCGGGCGGGCGCUGAGGGAGGGGGCACGGCUCCCCCAGGACCUGCAGCCCCUGGAGGAGCUGCUGGGGGAGCUGAAGGAGCGCUGGGAUGCACUGUGCAGCCAGGCCGCGGAGAGGCAGCACAAGCUGGAGGAGAGCCUGCUGUUCUCGGGCAAGUUCACGGAUGCGCUGCAGGCCCUCAUGGACUGGCUGUACCGCGCCGAGCCGCAGCUCUGCGAGGACGCACCCGUCGGUGGCGACCGCGACCUGGUUGGGGACCUCAUGGACAAGCACAAGGUGUUCCAGAAGGAGCUGGGCAAACGUGCCAGCUGCAUCAAGACUCUGAAGCGCUCGGUGCGGGACCUGACGCGCGGCAGCAGCAGCGUGGACUCGCAGUGGCUGCAGCAGCAGGUGGAGGAGCUCAGCACCCGCUGGGACCUGGUCUGCAAAAUGUCCCUGGGCAAGCAGGCCCGGCUGGAGGCGGCGCUGCGGCAGGCAGAGGAGUUCCACACCCUGGUGCACUCCUUCCUGGGGCGCCUGACCGAGUCGGAGAAGACCCUCAAGUAUGGAGUGUUCCCCGAGGAGGAGGCGGCUGUGCAGGAGUGCCAGGCCCAGCUGCAGGAGCUGAUGCAGUCCCUGCAGUGCCAGCAGCUGGAGCUGGAGUGCAUCACCUCUCUAGGGGAGGAGAUCCUCAGCACCUGCCAUCCCGACUCCAUCAUCACCAUCAAAUCCUGGGUCACGGUCGCCAAGAGCCGCUUCCAGGAGGUGCUGAGCUGGGCACAGCAGCAGGGCGAGCGGCUGCGGGCACAGGCGGCCGCGCUGGCGGCCGAGCGGGAGGAGACUGCGAGGCUGCUGGACUGGAUCACGGCGGCCGAGGAGGCGCUGGGGCUGCGGGACCAGGAGCCGCUGCCGGAGGAGGUCGAGCAGCUGGAGGAGCUCAGUGCCCAGCACGCGGUGUUCAUGGAGGAGCUGAACCUCAAGCAGCCCGACGUGGAGAAGGUCACCAAGAGCUGCAAGCGGAAGCUGGCGGUGGAUCUGGGACCCCCGGCCACCCGGCGACUGGCCACACGUCGCCGCAGCAGCGGGAAGGCACAGGGCACGGCAGCGGUGCCGCUUGGGGGGCUGGAGCCCCAGACCCCGCUCAUGGCCCAGCUCCUGCACCGCUGGCAGCAGCUCUGGCUGCUGGCCCUGGACCGGCAGUACCGGCUGGAGACCGCCCUGCAGCGCCUGCGGGAGCUGGAGGAGUUCGCACACUUUGACUUCGGGGUCUGGAGGAAGCGCUACAUGCAGUGGAUCAGCCAGAUGAAAUCCCGAGUCCUGGACGUUUUUCGCGGCAUCGACAGGGACCAGGACGGGCGUAUCACGCAGCGGGAAUUCAUUGAGAGCGUCCUCGCCUCCAAAUUCCCCACCAACGUCCUGGAGAUGAAUGCCGUGGCCACCAUCUUUGACAUGAACGGCGACGGCUUCAUUGACUACUACGAGUUCGUCAGUGCCCUGCACCCCAAUCGGGACCCGCUGCGUCGUUCCGCCGAUGCUGACCAGAUCCAGGACGAGGUGAACAGGCAAGUGGCCCAGUGCAACUGCGCCAAGCGCUUCCAGGUGGAGCAGAUCAGCGCCAACAGGUACCGGCCCUGCCAAAGCCCACCCCUCGCCCCAAUGUCCCUCUCGCUGCAGUUCGGGGAGUCACAGCAGCUGCGGAUGGUGAGGAUCCUGCGCAGCACCCUCAUGGUGCGGGUGGGUGGGGGCUGGAUUGCCCUGGACGAGUUCCUGGUGAAGAAUGACCCCUGCAGAGUGAAGGGCAGGACCAAUCUGAAGAUCAACGAGAAGUACCUGUCCUCAGACGUCUUCGGAGCCGCCGCCGCUGCCACCAGGUGUGCUGGGACCCAGUCGGCCGCGUCCUCCAAAGUGCUGUCCCCGAGCCGCUCCAACUCCAGCCUCAGCCUCUACAGCAGCGCCUCGGCCCCCAGCAGCCCCCUGGCCAGGAAGUCUGUGUUGCGGAGGACGCGCUCCGGGGACCGCUGUCCGCGCUCCCGGGGCUCGGGGCUGCCCGACGGAGCCGAGCUGCAGUUCAGUUCGGCUGAGGAGAGCCUGCCUGUGGCACCGCCAGAGCCGCCCGAAGGGUCCCCGCCGGAGCGCUGCAGCCCCUGCCGCUGACCCCCGAGCCCACCCUGCGCCCAACACCCUCGGCCGGCCCCACUCAGGACCCUCCUCCACGAGGCUGGAGGGCGGCGAAGCCGCGGCCGCGCCCCCCGCGGGUCUCGGGCCUGGCGCUGCGCCCCCCGAGUGGGGCUGAGCUGUCUGUCCGUCUGACCCCGGGGCCCGUUCCAGAGGAUAUGCAAACAUCUCCCGACUCUCACCGAGCCCCCGGGUUCUGCUCUCCCUCCCCACAGCUCCAGCGGGCAGCGCGGGGCUCUCCGAGGCCCGGUGCCCCGUUCCGAGUGCCCGGGGCUGUGGGACCAGCCGGGCCCUGCCCUUGUCCCGUGCCCUCAGCUCAGGGUGGCCGCAGUGCCCCCAGCAUCUGGCGUUGCUGAUGGGGCUCCCCAUCUUGCUGGGAGGUGGCCGGGCUUGGUACCUGGGCACCGGCACCCCCGGCCAGAUGCCGAGCCCCCGUUUCUGGUGCUAACCCUCACCCCUCAGCCUUCGGUGUGUGUGCACGGGCCCCCCCUCCAGCUCCGGCCGCCCCCUCCCUGCCACGGGCGGGGGUCCGUGGGGCUGUACCCCUCCUCCUGCCGGCGGCGCUGGUGGGCAGCGGGACCCCCGCCCUGCUGACGCAUGCUCGUGCCACCGUGCCGCCAUGCCACCAUGCUGCCAUGCCGCCGUGCCGUGCCACCGUGCCGUGCCACCAUGCCGUGCCACCCUGCUAACCGGACAGCAGUAGAGCUGAAUGUAACCCUGGCUGGGCCCACCCGCCGCCACAAUAAACUGUAGUGAGGUUCCUUUUCCUACAAGCA